AUGACGACAGCAGAGGCCAGGGGUGCAUUGACUAUUGCAGGAUCGGAUCCUAGUGGAGGAGCAGGAAUCCAGGCCGAUCUGAAGACCUUUGCUGCCCAUGGAUGCUACGGGGCAAGUGUAAUAACCUCCCUCACUGCACAAAACACCACUGGUGUUCAAGGCGUACAUGCUGUCCCACCGGACUUCGUUGUCCAACAGCUUCGUAUGGUCUUCGAUGACAUCGACAUCAAGGCAAUCAAGACUGGGAUGCUGUACGAUGCAGUCAUCGCUGCAGAGGUGGCGAAAGUGCUCAAGGAGCGCCAAGCAGCAGGGAAGCUUGCUCCCGUCGUCUGCGACCCAGUCUGCGUCUCCACCUCAGGACACACCCUCCUCAAGCCAGACGCCCUCGAUGUCCUCGUCAGCCAAGUCUUCCCACUGACCACCCUAAUCACACCGAACAAACCCGAGACCGAACUCCUCCUCAAAACACCCAACUCGGAGGUCAAGAUCGAGUCUCUGGCGGAUAUGUACACCGCGGCUGUCGAACUCUCCAAAAAGACUUCCACCGCUGUGCUGGUUAAAGGUGGUCAUGUCGUUUCGUCGCUGAAGAAUUUGGAGGAGAUUACCCAGAAGCAUUCGAAUGUGGAAGUCGUGAAGCAGAAUUUGUAUGACGAGAAUAUGGAGAUCCUCCUGGUUGGACGUGAUCCGAAGGAAUUGAACCCGGAGAUCGUCGUGGACUUGUUGUACCAGCCGGAUACCCAAUCCGCUGUGGUGUACGCGAGACCGAGGAUCGAAUCGACCAGCACUCAUGGAACCGGGUGUACUUUAAGCGCUGCGAUUGCAUCCGGACUGGCUCAAGGCCUUUCACUGAAGGAUGCUGUAGCCCAAGGUGCGCUGUACACCCACUUUGGAAUUGCCACCGCCCAACCGAUUGGAAAGGGCUACGGACCGCUCAACCACCUCCACUGCGUCAAUCGAACGGUCAUUUCCAGCCCGACUCCUACCAACCCUUACCCAUUCGCCCACUACCUCAUUCGAAACACCAAGGAAGUAUGGAAGGGAUACGUCGAGCACGAGUUCGUGAAGCAGCUUGGAAAGGGCGUCCUCGCCAAGGAGAAAUUCGUGCACUUCAUCAAGCAAGACUACCAUUACUUGAAGUACUACGCUCGUGCUUAUGGUCUCCUUGCCUCAAAAUCAUCGACCUUCCCUGAGAUCCACGCCGCCGCAACGAUCAUCAUGAGUGUCAUCCACGAGAUUGACACUCACAAGAGCUUCUGCGAAACCUUUGGCGUUACAGCCGAAGAGUUGGAGAAUACGCCUGAGUCUACCGCCACCACCGCCUACGGAGCGUUCAUAAUCAACAGUGGAGUUCAAGGUGACGCCUGUGCUCUGAUGAUGGCUGUACUGUCCUGCCUCCUGGGGUACGGCGAAGUAGGACUCUGGCUGAAGAAAGAGUCAGAGCUGCCCAACAGCUGGGUCGUCAUGGAAGGCAACCCUUACAAGAAAUGGAUUGAAGACUACUCUGGCGAAGGUUACCAGAGUGCUGUCCGUGUUGGACUCGCAACCAUUGAAAAGAUGUUAGUCGCUGACCACCCAUCGCCCGCGAGGUUGAAGGAGUGGUUGGGCAUCUUCCAGAGAUGCACUGCGUUGGAGAGAGGGUUCUGGGACAUGGCUAUGGGCCUACACAAGUAG